ACACACACACAUGCACGCACGCACGCACGCACGCACGCGCAUGCACACACUAAGCAGUGGGUGAGGUCUUGGUGUGACUGCCUCCACCAGGAAUGCAGUAGUGUGUGUUUUGAACUCGCCACACUGUACAGUCUCACCCAGGCUGAUCUGUCAGUUUCUCUCUACAUUCUGCCUGACAGAGAAACAGAAAGGCAGACACACGCACAUACACACACACACACACACACACACACACACACACACUGAUCAACUCUCAACACAUCAGAAUGGAGCAAGGAAAAAGAGAAGAUAAGGGGAUUUGUAUUUUCUUGGACACCUGCAGUCUUUAAGGAAAUGCCUGUCUGAAUCAGCUCCCGGUGAUUUCUCUCUCUGUUGUGGAUUUCCUGCUUACCUACUUUCUAACUGAACAAACUUCUUGUGGAUCAGGAUGGCGGACUCUGUUUGAACAUUUGAAUUCAACUCUAGCUCUACUGGAAGUGCCUCAGGCUGAUUUAAGUUUCAGAUUUGGUGCUGUAUUUUCAAGUCAAAUCUGUGUCUGUGGAGUUGAAGCUUCAUCAGAUUUUUAUUCCCUUUUCGAAACAUAUUUUUUCCUUAUUUAUUUCUUUGGAUUACACAAAACAUCUAAAAUAUAUAAUGUUCAACGAACUGCUGCUACACACACUGCUGAGGCUCAACAUGGCAUCUCCCUGCAUCACAUAGAAGAAGAUCAAAAAGUCAAUCCUUCUGCUGAGGUCCCCGCUGUAACCAUGGCAUCCCGGCAGAAGCAGCCCCAAGGGCGUAGCCUGUCCUCUCUGUUUUCUUGUUGCUUCAAAGGAAGUGAACAACCAGAGAUCACCUACUGCCAUGAUAACCUCAACACUGUGGCUAUGGAGCCCACCCUGCCCAUGCCCCCCCCUCAAGAGCUGGACUCUAUGUUCACUGAGCUGGUGGAUGAGCUUGGCCUCACAGAGGAGCACAGAGCUGCCAUGUUUUCUUUGCCAGCAGAGAAAAAAUGGCAGAUCUACUGUAGUAAAAGAAUGGAGGCAGAGGUGAAUAAGGGAGCAACCAGAUGGCCAGAGUAUUAUAUUGACCAGCUCAGGGUCAUGGCUGCUAGGAAGACUCUGCUGUCACUGGAGGAUGAUGAAGAGCAGGGAAGACAUUAUAUCGUGGAUGAUCUAAAGACAGCGCUUAGAACACAGCCAAUGAGUUUUGUGACACGAUUCAUUGAGUUGGACGGCCUGUCUUGUAUCCUGAAUUUCCUCAAGUCAAUGGACUACGAGACCACCAACUCUCAGGUCCACACCUCACUGAUUGGCUGCAUCAAAGCUCUGAUGAACAACUCUCAGGGCAGAGCUCAUGUCCUGGGUCACUGUGAGAGCAUUAAUAUCAUCGCACAGAGUCUCACCACUGAAAGCAUCAAAACCAAGGUUGCAGUGUUAGAGAUCCUUGGUGCAGUAUGUUUGGUGCCAGGAGGUCAUAAGAAAGUACUAGAAGCCAUGCUGCACUACCAGAAAUAUGCCUCAGAGAGAACACGCUUUCAGACCCUGGUGACAGACUUGGAUAGAUCCACAGGCCGCUACAGAGAUGAAGUUAAUCUGAAGACUGCCAUUAUGUCCUUCAUCAAUGCUGUGCUCAGCCAGGGAGCAGGAGAGACCAGUCUGGAGUUCCGUAUCCAUUUACGCUAUGAGUUUCUGAUGUUGGGCAUUCAGCCGGUCAUCGACAAGCUACGCUCCCAUGACAACGCCACUCUAAACAGACAUCUGGACUUCUUUGAGAUGCUGAGGAAUGAAGAUGAACUCCUGAUGUCCAAACAGUUUGAUGCUGUCCAUAUAGAAACUAAAAGUGCCAGCCAGAUGUUUGAGCUGAUCAGGAAGAAUCUGAACCAUACUGAAGCUUACCCUCACCUCCUGUCUGCACUGCAGCACUGUCUCAUGAUGCCAUAUAAGCAGAACAGUACCACUCUUCAGUACUGGGUGUUGUUGGAUCGGAUAGUUCAGCAGCUGGUUCUGCAGACGGACAAAGGUGAAAACCCUGAUGUUGCUCCACUGGAGGACUUCAACGUGAAAAAUAUUGUGCGCAUGCUUGUCAAGGAGAGUGAGGUCAAACAAUGGAAAGAACAAGCUGAUAAAAUGAGAAAAGAGCAUCACAACUUACAGCAGCGGUUUGAAAAGAAAGAGAGAGAAUGUGAGGCCAAGAACAAGGAGAAGGAAGACAUGAUGGCCAUGCUGAACAAACUGAAAGACAAACUGGAGCGAGAGAGCAACGAGAACAAGCAAGCUAAACAACAAGUGGCAGAACUUUCUGCUCAGCUGCAGCAGCUCAGCUCUACUUCCAGUGUUCCAGGAGGACCUCCUGUGACUUCUGGUGGUUUGGUUACCCCUGGUCCUGUUCCAUCCAUCCCUGUUCCUCCUCCUCCUCCUCCACCACCGCCUCCGCCUCCUCCAGGGGGCCCACCAGCUUUUGGUUUGGUUCCAUUUGCCCCACCUCCUCCACCAGGAGCUCCACUAAGCACUGCCCCGAAGAAGAAUAUUCCUCGGCCAGCUAACCCACUCAAGUCCUUCAACUGGAGCAAACUGCCUGAGAACAAGAUAGAAGGAACCAUAUGGAAAGAGAUCGACGAUCUCAAGGUGUUUAAAGUUCUGGAUCUGGAGGAGUUCCAGAAGACCUUCUCAGCUUACCAGAAACCACAAAAGGAUGCUGAGGAUGACCAUACUGUGGUUAAGAAAGUCAAGGAGCUGUCAGUGAUCGACGGUCGCCGAGCACAGAACUGUAACAUUCUGCUCUCACGACUGAAGCUGACCAAUGAAGAGAUCCGCCAUGCCAUCCUGACCAUGGACGAACAGGAAGACUUACCUAAAGACAUGCUGGAGCAGCUCCUGAAAUUUGUUCCUGAGAAGAGUGACGUCGAGCUUUUAGAGGAACACAAGCAUGAGCUGGACCGUAUGGCCAAAGCAGACCGCUUCCUUUAUGACAUGAGCAGCAUCAGUCACUACCAACAGAGACUCCAGUCUCUCUACUUCAAGAAGAAGUUUGCAGAAAGAGUGGCUGAGGUCAAACCUAAAAUCAAAGCUCUGAGUCUUGCGUCCAAGGAGGUGGUACAGAGCGGGUCCCUGUGUCAGCUCCUGGAGGUGGUUCUGGCCUUUGGAAACUACAUGAAUAAAGGACAACGAGGAAAUGCCUGGGGAUUCAAAGUGUCCAGUCUCAACAAGAUAGCUGACACCAAGUCAAGCAUUGACAAAAAUGUCACUCUGCUCCACUACAUGAUCACUGUACUGGAAAAGAAGUACCCAAAGGUGGCAAAUUUCGGUGAAGAGCUACAAAAUGUGCCAGAAGCUGCCAAAGUCAAUAUGACAGAGUUGGAGAAGGACAUUGGCAGCCUGAGAUCUGGCCUUAAAAGUGUUGAGGCGGAACUGAAGUACCAAAAGGACCAAACCUCUAAGAGUCCUGCAGAUAAGUUUGUCCCUGUGGUCAGUCAGUUCAUCACUGUGGCCUCCUUCAGCUUCUCUGAGGUCGAGGAAUCACUCAGUGAGGCCAAAGACGUGUUGGUAAAGGCACUGAGACAUUUUGGAGAAGAUCCGUCCAAGCUGCAGCCGGAUACGUUUUUUGGGAUCUUCGACACUUUCCUCACAGCUUUCACAGAGGCCAGACAGGAGAACGAGAACAUCGCCAGACGCAAGGAGGAAGAGGAGAGACGGGCACUCAUGGAGGCACAGCUGAAGAGAGACAGGGAGGAGAAGGCAAGGAAAUCCAAAGCAAAUGAAGAAGAGGGUGGUGAGUUUGAUGACCUGGUGUCUGCUCUGCGCUCUGGAGAGGUGUUUGAUAAGGAUCUGUCCAAGAUGAACCGGAGAAAACAGAGAAGACAUGACCAGUUCGACAGCAGCCGGGAGAGGCCAGUAACAAAACUAAACGAGUAACUGUUAAAGCCCUGCUUGAAACACCUGAAUACCUCGGUAACACUGUGGAAGGCAUGGACUUAUUAUUUUCAUUUAAAUCCACAUUUGUAUUCAUGGGUCAUGGUUGUAUAUAGGGUACAUAUAGAUACAUAUAUGUAUAUACAGUAUGUGGAAACAGUGCAACCAUUUUUGUACUUUGUUUAAGCCAUGCUUAGUUUAACUACCUGUAAAUGUUUAUAGGAGGCUACUGCCAGCUGUCAGUUAGCUAGCAUCCUACCAGCACCUCUAAAACUCAGUAGUCAACACGUUAUAUCCCACUUGGAUAAUCUGUACAAAAAAAAAAAACAAAAUCUAAAAAAUUGGUUUUAUAGGGUUUAUGUGCAAGACUAUAACUUGAUGGAAUGCAGUGGCUUCCUGGAGUCUCUGGUUGGUUGCGUGGCAAUGUCACGGUAAUGACAAGACAACUAUUAAAGAAGGAGGGGUUAUUACAUCAUGGCGACAGCAUUUGAAUUUUUCAUUCAUAGUAUACACUCCUUACAGUUACAUUAAUUUUGUAAUUUAAUUACAUGUAACUAGUUACAUGUAAGUAGUAACUCGCAAAUACUGUCUCUAACAUUACAUCAUGAUACAUGACCAAAUGGGGCAGGUCAGUUAUCACUCGGUACGUUUACAUGACAUCAGACAAAAAUCUAUUUAUUGUGUUAGUCCGACUAAAACCGGACUUUUAAAA